CAAAACAAUGCAGGGCAUGACCACUCACUGCCAAAUCCUCCACACAUCUUGGCCAGGACUCGGAAGGACCGCCAGCGCUUUUAUUUACCACACUGAACAGGAAUCCAUUUAAACUAAUUGUCUUUUGUUUGUCCCAGCUUUCAGAAUCCUCAUCCUAAACCCAUCAUUUACAGUUUCGCAGAGGGAGGGAAGAUAGAGAUAAAGCCUCAUCAUGGGAGACGGAGAAAUGGAAUGUUUUGGCGCGGCGGCCAUUUACCUCCGUAAACCAGAACGUGAGCGAAUUGAAGCGCAAAACACACCCUUCGACGCUAAGACGGCUUACUUUGUGUCCGAACCUGGCGAGAUGUACCUCAAGGGCAAAUUGUUGAAGAGAGAGGGUGGUAAAGCCACCGUGGAAACACUCUGUGGGAAGACUCUGACUGUAAAGGAGGAUGAAAUCUUCCCAAUGAAUCCACCUAAAUUCGACAAGAUUGAGGACAUGGCCAUGAUGACCCACCUCAGUGAGCCUGCUGUGCUGUAUAACCUCAAAGAGCGCUACGCAGCAUGGAUGAUCUACACCUAUUCUGGGUUAUUCUGCGUCACUGUUAAUCCCUACAAGUGGCUCCCGGUGUAUGACUCAAAGGUCGUAUCAGGAUACAGAGGCAAGAAGAGGAUUGAGGCUCCUCCCCACAUCUUUUCCAUCUCUGACAACGCCUAUCAGUUCAUGCUCCAAGAUAGGGAAAAUCAGUCCGUUCUCAUCACUGGAGAAUCUGGUGCAGGAAAGACUGUCAACACCAAGCGUGUCAUCCAGUACUUUGCGACAAUCGCAGUGGCUGGAGGAAAGAAGCAAGAGCAAUCAGGCAAAAUUCAGGGCUCGCUGGAGGAUCAAAUCAUUGCAGCAAAUCCCUUGCUGGAGGCUUAUGGGAAUGCCAAAACUGUGAGGAAUGACAACUCAUCCCGCUUUGGUAAAUUCAUUAGAAUCCACUUUGGCACAACAGGAAAGCUGGCUUCUGCAGAUAUUGAAACAUAUCUGCUGGAGAAGUCUCGUGUGACCUUCCAGCUUUCUGCUGAGAGGAGCUACCACAUCUUCUAUCAGCUCAUGACAGGCCACAAACCCGAAUUACUUGAGGCUCUGCUGAUCACCACCAACCCUUUCGACUAUCCCAUGAUCAGUCAGGGUGAAAUUACUGUCAAGAGCAUCAAUGAUGUUGAGGAAUUCAUUGCCACUGAUACAGCCAUUGACAUCCUUGGCUUUACUGCUGAAGAGAAGGUCAGCAUGUACAAGCUAACCGGAGCUGUGAUGCAGCAUGGAAACAUGAAGUUCAAGCAGAAGCAGCGUGAAGAGCAAGCCGAGCCUGAUGGAACCGAGGUCGCCGAUAAAAUCUCCUACCUCAUGGGCCUGAACUCCGCUGACCUCCUGAAGGCUCUGUGCUACCCGAGGGUCAAAGUCGGGAAUGAGUUUGUGACCAAGGGCCAGACUGUGCCUCAGGUGAACAACUCUGUCUCUGCCCUCUGCAAAUCCAUCUAUGAGAAAAUGUUUUUUUGGAUGGUGGUCAGAAUUAAUGAGAUGCUGGAUACCAGGCAGCCCAGAAGCUUCUUCAUUGGUGUCUUGGACAUUGCUGGUUUUGAAAUCUUUGAUUACAACAGCUUGGAGCAGCUGUGCAUCAACUUCACCAAUGAGAAACUGCAACAGUUCUUCAACCACCACAUGUUUGUGCUGGAACAAGAGGAGUACAAGAAAGAAGGAAUCGAAUGGGAGUUCAUCGACUUCGGUAUGGACUUGGCUGCCUGCAUUGAGCUUAUUGAGAAGCCAAUGGGCAUCUUCUCCAUCCUUGAAGAGGAGUGCAUGUUCCCCAAGGCUUCAGACACGACCUUCAAGAACAAAUUAUACGACCAGCAUCUUGGAAAAAACAAGUCAUUUGAGAAGCCAAAGCCAACUAAAGGAAAGGCCGAGGCCCACUUCUCCUUGGUGCACUACGCUGGCACUGUGGACUACAACAUUGUUGGCUGGCUGGACAAGAACAAGGACCCUCUGAAUGACUCGGUUGUUCAGCUCUACCAGAAGUCCUCUACCAAGCUGUUGUCCUUCUUGUAUGCAUCCCAUGCCUCAGCAGAAGGUAAGAGAUGCUCUCCAUCAAUUACAGCUCAACGUAGUCUUGCUGAUAAGAUUCUGAUUCAACCAACAGCUGAGGGUGCAAGUGGAAAGAAAGCUGGCAAGAAGAAGGGUGGCUCCUUCCAAACUGUGUCUGCUUUAUUCAGGGAGAAUUUGGGCAAGCUAAUGACCAACCUCAGAAGCACCCAUCCUCAUUUCGUGCGUUGUUUGAUUCCUAAUGAGUCCAAGACUCCAGGUUUGAUGGAGAACUUCCUGGUCAUCCAUCAGCUGAGAUGUAACGGCGUGCUGGAGGGCAUCAGGAUCUGCAGGAAAGGUUUCCCCAGCAGAAUCCUCUACGGUGACUUCAAGCAGAGAUACAAAGUGUUGAAUGCCAGCGUCAUCCCUGAGGGUCAGUUCAUCGAUAACAAGAAAGCAUCAGAGAAACUUUUGGGCUCCAUUGAUGUAGAUCACACACAGUACAAGUUCGGUCAUACCAAGGUGUUCUUCAAAGCCGGUCUGCUGGGUACACUGGAGGAGAUGAGAGAUGAGAAACUUGCCGAGCUGGUUACAAUGACUCAGGCUCUCUGCAGAGGUUACGUCAUGAGGAAGGAGUUUGUUAAGAUGAUGGAGAGGAGGGAGGCCAUCUACUCCAUCCAGUACAACGUCCGCUCAUUCAUGAAUGUCAAACAUUGGCCGUGGAUGAAGCUCUACUUCAAGAUCAAGCCUCUGCUGAAAAGUGCAGAGACUGAGAAGGAGAUGGCCCAAAUGAAAGAGGACUUUGAGAAAACCAAGGAGGAUCUUGUAAAAGCCUUGGCCAAGAAGAAAGAACUGGAGGAAAAGAUGGUGUCUCUCCUGCAGGAGAAGAAUGACUUGCAGCUGCAGAUUCAGUCUGAGGGUGAAACUCUUGCCGAUGCAGAGGAAAGGUGUGAGGGGCUCAUCAAAGCCAAAAUCCAGCUUGAGGCCAAAGUCAAAGAAACAUCUGAGAGGCUGGAGGAUGAGGAGGAGGUGAACGCUGAGCUGACAGCCAAGAAGAGGAAGCUGGAGGACGAGUGCUCCGAGUUGAAGAAAGACAUUGAUGACUUGGAGCUUACCCUGGCUAAAGUUGAAAAGGAGAAGCAUGCCACAGAGAACAAGGUCAAAAACUUGACCGAGGAGAUGUCUUCUCAAGACGAGACCAUUGCCAAGUUGUCCAAAGAGAAGAAGGCCCUCCAAGAGUCCCACCAGCAGACCCUGGAUGACCUUCAGGCAGAGGAAGACAAAGUCAACAUUCUGACAAAGGCCAAGUCCAAACUGGAGCAGCAAGUGGAUGAUCUUGAAGGAUCACUGGAGCAAGAAAAGAAGCUUCGUAUGGAUCUGGAAAGAGCUAAAAGGAAACUUGAGGGAGAUCUGAAAUUGGCUCAGGAAUCUAUCAUGGAUCUUGAGAAUGAUAAGCAGCAGUCUGAUGAAAAAAUAAAGAAGAAGGACUUUGAGGUCAGCCAAUUACUGGGUAAGAUUGAAGACGAGCAAACUCUCGGAGUCCAAUUACAGAAAAAGAUAAAAGAACUUCAGGCCCGCAUUGAGGAGCUUGAGGAGGAGAUUGAAGCCGAGCGGGCCGCUCGCGCCAAGGUGGAGAAGCAGAGGUCCGAUCUCGCCAGGGAACUUGAAGAGAUCAGCGAGCGACUCGAAGAAGCCGGCGGAGCCACUUCUGCUCAGAUCGAGAUGAACAAAAAGCGUGAAGCCGAGUUCCAGAAGCUGCGUCGCGACCUGGAAGAGUCCACCCUGCAGCACGAGGCCACCGCCGCGGCUCUCCGCAAGAAGCAGGCCGACAGCGUGGCUGAGCUCGGCGAGCAGAUCGAUAACCUUCAGCGGGUCAAACAGAAGCUGGAGAAGGAGAAGAGCGAAUACAAGAUGGAGAUUGACGACCUCAGCUGCAAUAUGGAGGGCGUUGCCAAAUCAAAGGCUAAUCUUGAAAAGAUGUGCAGGACGUUAGAAGAUCAACUGAGUGAGCUCAAGUCCAAGAAUGAUGAGAAUGUUCGGCAACUAAAUGACUUUAGCGCCCAAAAAGCAAGACUUCAAACUGAGAAUGCUGAAUUUACACAUCAGCUGGAGGAAAAAGAAGCCCUGGUGUCUCAGCUCACAAGAGGGAAGCAGGGCUACACUCAGCAGAUUGAGGAGCUCAAGAGGCACAUUGAGGAGGAAGUCAAGGCCAAGAACGCCCUGGCCCACGCCGUGCAAUCCUCUCGUCACGACUGCGACCUUCUCCGAGAGCAGUACGAGGAGGAGCAGGAGGCCAAAGCUGAGCUGCAGCGAGCCAUGUCUAAGGCCAACAGCGAGGUGGCUCAGUGGAGGACCAAAUAUGAGACGGACGCCAUCCAGCGCACUGAGGAGCUCGAGGAGGCCAAGAAGAAGCUUGCUCAGCGUCUCCAGGACGCAGAGGAGUCCAUCGAGGCGGUGAACUCAAAAUGUGCCUCACUGGAAAAGACCAAACAGAGGCUGCAGGCAGAGGUGGAAGAUCUGAUGAUCGAUGUGGAAAGAGCCAACGCUCUGGCUGCCAACCUUGACAAAAAGCAGAGGAACUUUGACAAGGUUCUUGCUGAGUGGAAGCAGAAAUAUGAAGAGAGCCAAGCAGAACUUGAGGGAUCUCUGAAAGAGGCCCGCUCCCUCAGUACUGAAAUGUUCAAACUGAAAAACUCCUAUGAAGAAGCGUUGGAUCACCUGGAGACUCUAAAGAGGGAGAACAAGAACCUGCAACAGGAGAUUUCUGACCUGACCGAACAAAUUGGAGAGACUGGAAAGACAAUUCAUGAACUUGAGAAGGGAAAGAAGACACUGGAGAGUGAGAAGAGUGAAAUUCAAACAGCUCUGGAGGAAGCAGAGGCUACUCUGGAACACGAGGAGUCCAAGAUUCUUCGCAUUCAACUGGAGCUGACCCAAGUCAAGGGCGAGAUUGACAGAAAGCUUGCGGAGAAGGAUGAGGAGAUGGAGCAGAUUAAGAGGAACAGUCAGCGUGUCAUAGAGUCCAUGCAGUCCACUUUGGAUGCUGAGAUUAGGAGCAGGAAUGAUGCCUUGAGAAUCAAGAAGAAGAUGGAGGGGGACCUGAAUGAGAUGGAGAUCCAGUUGAGCCAUGCCAACCGCCAGGCAUCUGAAGCUCAGAAACAGCUGAGGAAUGUCCAGGGACAACUCAAGGAUGCCCAGCUUCAUCUUGAUGAAGCCAUACGAGGUCAAGAAGACAUGAAGGAGCAGGUUGCGAUGGUGGAGCGUAGGAACAACCUAAUGCUGGCUGAGAUUGAGGAGUUGCGAGUUGCUCUGGAGCAGACAGAGAGAAGCCGCAAAGUGGCUGAAGCUGAGUUGGUCGAUGCCAGCGAGCGUGUUGGUCUGCUGCACUCUCAAAACACCAGCCUGAUUAACACCAAGAAGAAACUGGACGCUGACCUUGUCCAGAUCCAAGGUGAAGUGGAGGAUGCUGUGCAGGAAUCAAGAAAUGCAGAAGAAAAGGCCAAAAAGGCCAUCACUGAUGCUGCCAUGAUGGCAGAGGAGCUGAAGAAGGAGCAGGACACCAGCUCUCAUUUGGAGAGGAUGAAGAAGAACCUGGAGGUGACUGUCAAAGAUCUUCAGCACCGUCUGGAUGAGGCUGAGAGCCUGGCCAUGAAAGGUGGCAAGAAGCAGCUCCAGAAACUGGAGGCUCGGGUGCGUGAGCUUGAAGCCGAGGUAGAAGCCGAACAGAGGCGAGGAUCCGACGCCAUCAAAGGCGUCCGUAAAUAUGAGAGAAGAGUGAAGGAGCUUUCCUACCAGACUGAGGAGGACAAGAAAAACGUCAUUCGCCUUCAGGAUUUGGUAGACAAGCUCCAGCUGAAGGUCAAGGCCUACAAAAGGCAGUCAGAAGAGGCUGAGGAACAGGCCAACACUCACAUGUCCAGGCUGCGGAAGGUGCAACACGAGCUGGAGGAGGCUCAGGAGCGUGCAGACAUCGCAGAGUCACAGGUCAACAAGAUGAGGGCCAAAAGUAGGGAAAUAGGGAAAGCAAAGGAUGCUGAAGAAUAAAAUGCAACUGAAUGGAGAGACUAAAAUGAGAAUCAUAAAAUAUGAUCUCUCAGGACAUUCUGACACAUGACAAUAAAUUUAUUUUGCAUGUCUGAA